AUGGCGGAGACGUUCGCGUUCAAUGCUGACAUCCAGCAGUUGAUGUCCCUCAUCAUCAACACCUUCUACUCCAACAAGGAGAUCUUCCUGCGAGAGCUCAUCUCGAACGCGUCGGAUGCCUUGGACAAGAUCCGGUACGAGUCCAUCACGGACCCCGACAAAAUCGAGGCUCAGCCGAACUUUUUCAUCAAGAUCAUUCCCGACAAGACGAACUCCACCUUGACUAUCGAGGAUUCCGGUAUCGGCAUGACCAAGAACGAAUUGAUCAAUAACUUAGGCACGAUUGCCAAGUCUGGCACGAAGGCUUUCAUGGAGGCCAUGGCCGCAGGUGGUGACAUCUCCAUGAUCGGCCAGUUCGGCGUCGGCUUCUACAGUGCCUAUCUUGUUUCGGAUAAGGUUCGUGUCGUCAGCAAGCACAACGACGACGAGCAAUACAUCUGGGAGAGCGGAGCUGGCGGAUCCUUCACCGUCCAGAAGGACACGGAGCUUGUCCAUGGAGAGAUCAAGCGUGGCACCAAGAUCAUCUGCUACCUCAAGGAGGACCAGUCGGAGUUUUUGGAGGAGCGACGCCUGAAGGACUUGGUCAAGAAGCACUCCGAGUUCAUUGGCUUCCCUAUCGAGUUGUACGUGGAGAAGUCCAAGGAGAAGGAGGUGACGGAUUCUGAGGAAGAGGAAGAGGAGAAGAAAGAUGAAAAGGAAGGCGACGAGCCCAAGAUCGAGGAGGUUGAUGAAGAGAAGGAGAAGGAGGAGAAGAAAAAGAAGACCAAGAAGGUCAAGGAAGUCUCGCACGAGUGGGAGCAGCUGAACAAGAACAAGCCACUUUGGAUGCGCAAGUCCGAGGAUGUGACCAACGAGGAGUAUGCCUCCUUCUACAAGUCGCUGUCCAACGACUGGGAGGACCACCUUGCCGUGAAGCACUUCAGCGUCGAGGGUCAGCUGGAGUUCCGUGCGCUGCUGUUUGUGCCGCGCCGGGCACCUUUCGAUCUUUUCGAGACCAAGAAGAAGAGGAACAACAUCAAGCUCUACGUUCGGAGGGUCUUCAUCAUGGAUGACUGCGAGGAGCUCAUGCCCGAGUGGCUGAAUUUUGUGAAGGGCGUUGUGGACUCAGAGGAUUUGCCUUUGAACAUCUCUCGCGAGACCCUGCAGCAGAACAAGAUCCUGCGUGUCAUCAAGAAGAACCUGGUCAAGAAGUGCUUGGAGAUGUUUGCGGAGAUCGCAGAGAAGAAGGACGAUUACAAGAAAUGCUAUGAGCAGUUCGGCAAGUGCUUGAAGCUGGGUGUCCACGAGGACUCCACCAACCGCACCAAGGUGGCGGAACUGCUGCGUUACCACACCUCCAAGUCGGGUGACGAACAGAUCAGCCUGAAGGAGUACGUGGAUCGCAUGAAGGAGGGCCAGAACGACAUCUUUUACAUCACGGGUGAGAGCAUUGCGGCCGUCUCGUCUUCGCCUUUCCUGGAGACGCUCCGAAAGAAAGGCAUCGAGGUGCUUUACAUGAUCGACCCCAUCGACGAGUAUUCAGUGCAGCAGCUGAAAGAGUUUGAUGGGAAGAAGCUCAAGUCCACGACAAAAGAAGGUUUGGACAUCGAGGACGAGGAUGAGAAGAAGAAGCUGGAAGAGAUGAAGGCCGAGUUCGAGCCUCUCACGAAGCUGAUGAAGGAGGUCCUGGGAGACAAGGUCGAGAAAGUCAUCGUGAGCUCCCGCAUGGCCGACUCGCCCUGCGUCCUGACAACAUCAGAGUAUGGAUGGUCUGCCAACAUGGAGCGCAUCAUGAAGGCCCAGGCCCUGCGCGACAAUUCCAUGACUUCUUACAUGGUGUCCAAGAAGACCAUGGAGGUCAAUCCCAAGCACUCCAUCAUGGCAGAGCUGAAGAAGAAGGCUGCUGCCGACAAGUCGGACAAGACAGUCAAGGAUCUCAUUUGGCUCCUGUUCGACACUUCGCUGCUCACCUCCGGAUUCAACCUGGAUGAGCCCACCCAGUUUGCCGGGCGUAUCCACCGGAUGAUCAAGCUCGGUCUCAGCAUCGAUGAUGAUGACGAGGGUCUCGGCGAUGACGACGACCUCCCGCCGCUGGAGGAAGUCGAGGGCGCGGCCGACGAGGCUUCCAAGAUGGAGGAGGGCAUCCAGCAAGAGAUCAAGUUUGACUUCGACAAGAAGACAGACAAUGUUCUGACUGCGGCCUUCUGUCUCUUCGGCAACGGGAGCGUUGACAGCAAGAUGGGCUUUGAGCGGCUCACUCUCGACAUCGAGAAGGCUGUGGUCGCCCGCUGCCGGGAGCUGGUGAUGGAGGCCAAUUCAGCAGGCCUGCAGACUGCGGCCUUGGCCAUCCAGGGAGGACCACUGGCCGCCCCAGAACAGAGACACGACGAAGGCCAGCAGCCCUUCGCAAGGGAGACCUCGGGGCCCAUAGCGCAUGGAGGCUCGCUCGUGCAGCAAGGCAAGGACAAGGACAAGGACGGCACUGACCAGGAAGACUCGAAGGUGAACUGGCAGACCCUCGGCUGGUCCCUUGCGAAGAAGCAGCCCCUCUCUGCCGAAAUCUGCAGAGUCAAUGCGGAGAAAGGAGCCGACGAUGCAGGUCUGAAGGAACAACGUGAUGGAGUCAUGCUGCUGCAGAGGAGCCUUGCGUAUCUGAUCCCGAAAGUCACUGAGGAGUUCUAUGCCUGCUUGGGUGAGUGGUGUAAGAAAACGACCGAAGCCGUCGAGCUUUUCCAGAACUUCCAUCACAUCCCAAGCGAAAAAGGGGUAGCGGAUUCGAAGAUGUGGGACAAACUGUCCGACGAGGUAAAGAUGAAGGAUGAGAAGGAGGCAAAGAAGAGGGAAGACCGUCGGAAGGAUCAGAAGAAUCGCGAGCAGGAGAAGCUGCAGCGAAAGGAGCAUCGAAACCUCGAAAGCUCUAACAUGUACAAGAACAUGAUGGAUGCCUGCCAGAUCAAUCUCGGCAGUGUGUCCGCCCCACCGGACGUGGAGAGCCCGGCGAAGAGUAGCAAGAGCAAGAAGGAGGCGGAGCAGGAGAGACGCUUGGCAGAGGCCAAGAAACACGUCAAGGAGCUGGAGUCCCAGGUGGUGAUCAAAAGCCCUGAAGAGCUCAAGGCUUCCGCCAAAGACUUCAGGGACCAGAAUGCUUGCACCCUCUACGACGAGACAACGAAACAGUACAAGUACAGGUCUUGCUGUGGAACGAAGGUGUCCGACCUGGGCGUCUACGGGGUCGGAGUGGCGCUUUACUUCCAGUUCAUCCGGCAGAUGGGCGUUGUUUUCCUUCUGUGUGCCAUUGUCUUGGGCCCAAAUCUGGCCUUCAACAUAAUGGGUAACAUGGUGAACGAGAACAGUGCCCUCUACAAAUACCUGGGAAUGACCACGAUCGGAAACCUGGGUGCUUGCGAAGGCGCCCUUUGCGAGACAGAUGAGGACUUGCGCAAUCGCUGCCUCAUCGACGAGUUCCCAUGUGAGACGAUGCUAAAGGAAGUCACGCAGUGGCUCGGCAUGGCUGAUGGUAUCGGUAUCCUGUUGGUCCUCGCCUGGGGCAUCUUUUUCCAAGCAUGCCAUAUCCCUCGCAUGGUUCGGUUGAAUGACGAUGCCAAUCUGACCCCGUCCGACUUUGCGAUUGACAUCAAUGUCUUGCCCUACCAGCUGAAAGACGGCCACAAGCAGUACCAGGAGAAGCUGAAGAACCACUUCCUGGGCGUUCUGAACCGCCUGGGGUUCAACGAUGGCGACGGCGUCGUGGAGGUGUGCCUUGUGCGAGACUACGAGGGUGCCAUCAGCACAUUCCUGGCCAAGGGAGACCUGAUCCUCGCCGAGCAUGGAGAUGUGAUCCGGAUGAAGGCUCUGGAAGGCAAGGAGGACGCCGCAAGCAAGGCCAAGUACCAGAAGUUGGAGAAGGCAACGCACAAGAAAUAUGACAAAAUGAUGCGAAUGGAUAACAGCAUCCGAUCGCAAGCAGACAAGGGUGACGAUGAUCGUGGUGUGGUGCGUGCUUUCGUGAUAUUCGCCAAGGAGGCCUACAAGAAAGCCGUGCUUGAGGAGUAUCGCUUCUCUCAGUACAGCUUGUUCCGCUGCUGUCAAGGUGAGCCUCGGAGAUUUGAAGGUUACACGCUGAAAGUCCAGAACGCUUGCGAGCCCAGUGACUUGUACUGGGAGAACCUGGACUUUGCCUGGUGGAAGCGAGGUUGCCGAAUUUGCAUCGUGGUGUUGCUCACAUUGAUUUUCUUGAUCGUUUGUGCCGCAUCACUUGUGUACUUCCAGUCGCUCUCCAAGUCGACCCUUGCAAGCCUCAACGAGAACGUCGCUUGGGUGAUCAAGGGGAACGGCACUGAGUGCCUCAACUUCUGUGAUGUCGAGCUUUUUGCGGACAGGCUCUGCUCUGGAAACGGGGACACGUCCAAGACUUGGGACACUGUCAAGGUCUUCGACCAGUUCACCGACUAUGAUAACGGCUAUGCCUGGAGUGGGAUCUGCACUAACCCCUGGACAUCCAGUUGCACUUCAGCAACUCGCCUUGCUGAGGUCUCCGGCUGUGACGGGGACUCGGGCUCGAUCAACUGGCUUGGCUUUGAGUUCGCAGAGACGCAGCAGGUGCAGUGCUGGCAGGCCACCCUCACGGCACUUGCUAGGGAGGUGCAGGUGUUUGGGUGUCCUGUGGCUCCCCCACCGGUGGCUGAGCGUGGCUGCUGGAAGGUCGAGGAGAAUUGUGCUCCGAUGUACCCCAACACCCUCACACCACCAACGACUGGAACCUGGACCGCCCGUGACAACAAGAUCUCAGCGGACAUGUCCUGCUCUCUUGAUAUCGAGCUGCAUGUCGCGCAAGAGAGAUGGGCCAGCUUUGAGGAGGGUUCCACAGAGCGUGUGUCGAACCCCAUCAUCAACUGCUUCUGCCAACAGCAGGUCCUCAACGUCGGGCCGGAGUUCUUGUUUCCCCCUUACGACACGGAGGAGAAGCUGGUGUGUCAAGAUUGGCUCGUCGACAACAGCCUCAAGAUUGCGAAGGUAAUCGGGGCCGCAGCCGCCGUCUUGGUGAUCAACCAGCUCCUCCUGCUGAUCUACGAGUUCCUUGUGGCCUUUGAGAGACACUGCACAGUCACGGAGGUGGCGCAGAGCCAGUUCUGGAAGCUCUUCUUGGCCCAGAUGGUGAACACAGGCUUGUUAGUUUUGCUUGUGAACGCCUCCUUGGACCUCCCGGAAGUCUUAAUGCCAUUGCGGGUGUUGCAGAUCGGUACCGGGCAAUUUGACGAGCUAUCCGUAUCUUGGUACAUUUCUGUCGGCACCGGUAUCUGCCUCACCAUCUUCAUGCAGGUCUUUAGCACGACGGUUCCGCCCUUGAUCAUGGCCUUUGUUGUGGGGCCCUGUUUGCAGUGCGUCUUCGGCAGGGGCGAGGUGGUGGAGGCACGUUUGCAAAGGAUCUAUCAGCUUCCCAAGUGGAAUUUGUCCUUGCGAAUGGCACAGACUCUCACCGUGAUCUUCGUGAUCUGCAUGUACUCGGGAGGCAUGCCAAUCCUAUACUUCGUGGGCUUCGUCUACAGCAUCGUGGCCUUCUGGUUGGACAAGUGGUGUUUGCUGCACGGCUCCUCCAAGCCACCUGCCUACAACCAGGCCAUCGUCCAUACUUGCUUGAACUUCCUUCCCCUUGCUGCUUUCUUCCACACAGUGAUUGCUGGCUGGAGCUGGGGCAAUCAGGAGCUCGUUCCAAGCGAAUGGAGCAGGCUCUUCUUUGUCGUGGAGAUAAUAUUCGGCAAGUCUAAGGAGGAUUAUGACAACAUCAUCAGCAGCUACAAUGCAGCGCCAGCUCGUGACAAGCCUUCUAUGCAGUGGGACUACUACGAGGCCCGCAUGAUGGACAUGGCAAGGGAAGGCUCUUGGCUUAUCUUCUGCACUUUCGUUGCCUUCGUGGUGUACUACGUCCUUCUUUGGAGCUACAAGCUCCUCUUGAGGCCCUUCCUGUCUCCGUUUGUCUUUGCCAUUCGUGAGUGUUGUUGCUGCUGCUGCAGCCGCCGCCGGACUUCAGCUGGGGACCAAAGCUGGGACACCUGUGUGCAGGAAUGCCGCAAGCACAGCACUCUCACCUCCUAUCUGCUCAAGAACAACCCUUCGUACCACUCGGCAGCAGUGGCCAUUGCGCAUGGAGACCUUCGGGCACAGAGGCGUAUCUCAGAGAGGGACGCUCCAGAGGAGGCCACACUGUGA